AUGUCGGACCCGACCCUAUAUCUCUACACCUCCCUGACCGCAGGCUCCUCGCACAUCGUCACCGCCACUGCCCGCGUGGAGACAAUCCUCAAGGCCAACAAACUCCCCUUUCGGGCCAUUGAUGUCGCGACAGACGAGGCCGCCCGCAAGCUCUGGGGUCGUCGAUCCAAGGGCAAGAAGUUGCCCGGUCUGGUGAAGUAUGGAAAUAUUAUCGGACCUCCCUUCCCCUCCCCCUGUCUGACGUCCGCUGACCCCACCCCCGUGCAGGACCUAGAGGAGAUCGAAGAAUGGAACGAAUUCGGCGAGCUGCGCCUGGUGGUUAACAGCGUCCAGGAGAUGGACGGCAUGCCUGCCACCAGCAACCCCCUCCCUGCCACCCAAGCUACGUCCGAGCCCGCGACGACACCCAAGGAGCCCGAGCCCGCUACUCCCAAGCCUUCCACCAUUAAGAUACAAAGCCCACCCGCAAAGACCGAAGAAAAGAAGGACGAAUCGGCUGUGUUGGCCCUCCGCCAGGCUAGUCAAGAAGCCGCCUCUCAAGCUAAGAACAAAUCCGACGAGAAGAAGGCACCGAAGGAGGAAAAACCAGCUGAAUCCCCGAAGCCAUCAUCUCCUGUAACCAAGGCCCAUCGAGGCUCCGUCGCUCCUGAGCUGCCUGAUACCGCGCCAGAUUCCCCCAAGACUACAAAACGACCUGCGUUGGUUGUGCCUGAGGAGGCGGCCGUUUCGUCGGCAAACUUCCAUGCUGAAAAUGCGGACCUUCUGGGGCUUGUCGAACACCACCGUGGCUCAAUCAUCUCGGCUACCGAUAAAGCGGAACAGGAUAAGAUGGUGACGGAGAUUCGUCAGUCUGUUACUGGCGAAAGUCAGACCGGGAACCUGGACGCUCUGCGCGAGGAGGCUGCGCAGAAGAAGGCUGCGGAGGAGCCCAUUGUCGAGGAGCCUAAGAACUCGGAAACCUCAGAGGAGGACGCCAAAGCUGCUGCGGAGAAGAAAGAGGAGGGUGGUAAAAAGGAAGAGGCUGAGAGAAAGGGGGCUGAUAAUAAGGUUGAGGAACAAAAGGAGGAUGCCGCGGCCUAG